UUGGAUUCCGCUUGGCGACGGCUCGGCCCCCAAGUUCCGGCUUGUGGACGCUCUGUAGAUACGCGCCAACGCCAGGGUCUCACCUGGGCUCGACUCGCGGUCACCCGCUCCCCUCAGCUCGAGGUACAAAUGAUGCAAAAUGUGCACCUGGCUCCAGAGACCGAUGAAGAUGACCUUUAUUCUGGAUAUAAUGACUACAACCCAACCUAUGACACCGAGGAAUUGGAAAAUGAUACGGGUUUUCAGCAAGCAGUAAGAACUAGUCAUGGCAGAAGACCUCCAAUAACUGCUAAAAUACCAGGCACGGCAGUUACUAGACCAAUAGCUACUGGAUAUGGGUCCAAGACAUCCUUGAUAUCAUCAAUGGGAAGACCAAUGACAGGAGCUAUCCAGGAUGGAGUUACUAGACCCAUGACAGCAGUAAGAGCAGCUGGGUUUACCAAAGCAGCCUUGAGAGGUUCUGCAUUUGACCCCCUUGGUCAAUCAAGGGGCCCUGCCCCUCCUUUGGAAACCAAGAACGAAGAUAGUCCAGAAGAAAAGAUUAGACAAUUAGAGAAGAAGGUAAAUGAGUUGGUAGAAGAAAGCUGUAUUGCCAACAGUUGUGGAGACUUAAAAUUGGCCUUAGAAAAGGCUAAAGAUGCAGGAAGAAAAGAAAGGGUCCUGGUGCGACAACGAGAACAAGUUACAACUCCAGAAAAUAUCAAUUUGGAUUUAACUUACUCAGUACUCUUUAACUUGGCCAGUCAGUAUUCAGCUAAUGAAAUGUAUGCUGAAGCACUGAAUACAUAUCAAGUUAUAGUGAAAAAUAAAUUGUUUAACAAUUCAGGAAGAUUGAAAGUGAAUAUGGGAAACAUUUAUUUAAAGCAAAGAAAUUAUUCCAAAGCCAUUAAAUUCUACCGAAUGGCCUUAGAUCAAAUCCCAAGUGUCCAUAAAGAAAUGAGGAUUAAAAUAAUGCAGAACAUUGGAGUUACAUUUAUUAAAACUGGUCAGUAUUCAGAUGCCAUUAAUUCAUUUGAGCACAUAAUGAGUAUGGCGCCAAAUCUGAAGGCAGGCUUCAACCUAAUUCUUAGUUAUUUUGCUAUUGGAGAUCGAGAAAAAAUGAAGAAGGCAUUUCAAAAAUUGAUUGCUGUUCCAUUAGAAAUUGACGAUGAUGAUAAAUAUAUUUCACCAAGUGUGAGUAUGAAAAAGAUUGUUAUGAAAGCCAUGGCAGAAAAGUACAUCAUGACAGCUGCAAAACUUAUUGCUCCUGUGAUUGAGACAUCUUUUGCAGUAGGUUAUGAUUGGUGUGUGGAGAUAGUGAAAGCUUCUCAAUAUGUGGAGCUAGCCAAUGAUCUGGAAAUAAACAAAGCCAUCACAUACUUGAGACAAAAAGAUUUUAACCAAGCUGUUGAUACCUUAAAAAUGUUUGAGAAAAAGGACAGCAGGGUGAAAAGUGCAGCUGCAACCAACCUCUCAUUCUUGUACUAUCUGGAAAAUGAAUUUGCACAGGCCAGCAGCUAUGCAGAUCUAGCUGUGAACUCUGAUAGAUAUAACCCAUCAGCUCUUACUAAUAAAGGGAAUACAAUUUUUGCAAAUGGUGAUUAUGAGAAGGCAGCUGAAUUCUAUAAAGAGGCUCUGCGAAAUGAUUCUUCUUGUACUGAAGCCCUUUAUAAUAUUGGCCUUACCUAUAAGAAGCUCAACCGGCUAGAUGAAGCUUUGGAGUGUUUCCUGAAACUUCAUGCAAUUCUGCGAAACAGUGCCCAAGUGCUUUACCAGAUAGCAAAUGUAUAUGAAUUAAUGGAUGAUCCCAAUCAGGCUAUCGAAUGGCUAAUGCAGCUGAUCAGUGUUGUUCCCACUGAUUCUAAAGCCUUGUCUAAACUAGGAGCAUUAUAUGAUAGUGAAGGAGACAAAUCCCAGGCAUUCCAGUACUACUAUGAGUCAUAUAGGUAUUUCCCCUCUAAUAUUGAAGUCAUUGAGUGGCUUGGAGCCUAUUAUAUUGACACUCAAUUUUGUGAAAAAGCCAUUCAGUACUUUGAAAGAGCUUCUCUUAUACAGCCUACACAAGUGAAAUGGAAGCUGAUGGUAGCAAGUUGUUUUAAAAGAAGUGGUAAUUACCAAAAAGCAUUAGAUACUUACAAAGAUAUUCACAGAAAAUUUCCAGAAAAUGUUGACUGUCUGCGCUUCUUGGUUCGUCUCUGCACAGAUAUCGGUUUAAAAGAAGUUCAAGAAUAUGUCACAAAACUCAAGAGGUUGGAAAAAAUGAAAGAAAUAAGGGAACAGCGCAUAAAGUCGAGCAGAGAUGGCAGUGGGAGCUCCCGUGGCAAAAGAGAAGGUAGUGAUGGCAGUGAUAGUGGCCAGAACAGUAGUGCCAGUAGUAAAGGUGAACGACUAAGUGCCAAACUCAGAGCUUUACCUGGGACAAAUGAACCUUAUGAAAGUAGCAGUAACAAAGAAAUAGAUGCAUCCUAUGUGGAUCCACUUGGCCCUCAAAUAGAGAGACCAAAAACUGCAGCCAGAAAAAGAAUCGACGAGGAUGAUUUUGCUGAUGAAGAAUUGGGAGAUGACUUGCUUCCAGAAUAAUACACACUUUUUGUGUUAUCUUUUGAAAGAAAUUGCCUUACAAGAUAAUACUUACAAUAAACUUUGGAUUAAAUAUCCAUGCUUUACCUUUGUACACUAUUAAAACUUUAUGUGUAUGGGCCAGGGAUGUAGCUCAGCAGCAUAAGUGCCUGUCUGGCAAGCACAAGGCCCUGAAUUUGAUCCCUGAAAAACUUUAUAUGUAUUCUGUUCUAUGAGUGUGGCUUUAUGUUGUUGUUUUUGUGGAAUAAAAAUACGUGAAAC